AUGAUCCAUGGGUCGAGCCAUGCUUUAGUUUCAGUAACACAGGAAGCCUUCUGCAGUAGCACACAAGGCCUGAGCUGGCAUGUUGCUCCAGCAGUGCAAUGGAAAAGAGCAAGAGUACGCACAUCCCACCUCACUGAGGCCAGGUGCAGGACAAAGACCCACAGACUCAAUGAGGAAUUCCAUCUCAAGGGCGGAGCCACACCUCCACCUCCACCCCCUUUCUCUCCACCACCUCCAUCUCCUCAGGCGGUUACCACGACAACAGCGGAUAUCUCACGCUCAUCAAAAGGUUCCAGAAAUGCCGGUGACAACAACCUAUCUCGUCAGAACUCUCAGCACUCCAUACUCCAGACGCUCAAAUCUCCAUCACCACACCAGGAGGCUGUGAUAUCAGAACUGAAGCACUUGACAAUAUCAUGUAGAGGUGCCCCUGACAACCAGUAUGUGAAAGCUCAACCUUUCACUCAGCCUCACAGACCUGAGAAUGAAUCCACUCGAAGGACUGCACUGAAAUCAACUCGAUCGCUUAAACUACCUCGACCAGAAACCACGGCAACUGAUCCAAGACGUUUGUCAGUAUGCUCCAGACGUUCCGGCGGUGACAACACCUACAUUCAACCUCUGCCAAUCAUUGAGGUGCAGGCUGCGUGCCCAGAGCAACCACCCCCUCUACCAGCAAAAUCCAAAACUGCAAGGACCCACGCAACCAAUGACAAUCUGUCCGUUCCUAUUGAGGAAAACCUGUUUAUUGACCCAGAUGAAUUGAAUCCGCCCUAUGAUGAGCUCCGUUCACCAACCCUUUAUCAACCUCAAUUCCCUCACACCAGUGCUCCUUUACUCGACAACAACUACUACCAUAGUCCAACUGGCCCGCCACGAGCAAGACUUUUCUCCCACCCCCCUGCUUCUGGGGAUGCGGCUGCCCCUUCCUUCGAACAGCAUUACCAAAGGCCAACUGGCCCGCCACGAAGACUUUUCUCCCACCCCCCUACUUCUAGGAAUGGUGCUGCCUCUCUCCUCGACCAGCAUUACCAAAGGCCAACUGGCACGACACGAGCAAGACUUUUCUCCCACCCCCCUACUCAUGGGAAUGCUGCCACCCCUUUCCUUGACAACUAUUACCAAAGGCCAACUGGCCCACCCCGCAGAGCUUCCCUCUACCACUCCCUGUCUGUGGACGAUGCUUAUGAAGCAUGGCGUAGCAACAACACCUACCGCAAUGCACCGGACCUAUCCAGACCAAGGCUUCAGCGUCAGUACUCUCUUCCAUUCGCAGCACAGGACUUACCAACCAACCGAAGAAUGUCAGAGGGAGAACUGAAAAGACUCUUGGUUUGGUGGAGCAGUGUAAAAGGCUCAGCGCACAUACCCUGCCAAGAAAUGGAUGUCAUAGAGAUCUCUAUUGAAGCCCAGCGUGUAAGACUCGCCAUAUUGCUUUUCAACGCUUUGCUGGUCAGCAGGGAGACGAUCUUCAAUGACUCCAUCUCCGAGCUCAACAACAUGGUGGACAAACUGGGCGGCGGUGGGAAGAAGAUGAAGGCGGCGGGCAUCGCUGGUGGCACUGUGGGGGGCGUGGGUGUGGCGGCUACAGUAGCAGGUGUGGCCUUGGCUCCGUGCACUAUGGGAUUGUCUUUGAUUCUGACGGCUGCUGGCGUUGGGAUGGUCGCUGGAGGAGGUGCAGGAGGAGCUCUGGCUGUGAAGAGCAAAACGGCCAACACACAGAGGAAGAAGAAGGUGGAGGAGAUCGUGCAGGACUACAAAUCCAACAUGGCGGACGUGGAGGACUGUCUGGGCUUUAUCGCAGUGGGCAUGGAGCGCUUGAGCCGAAUCCACCCAACCGUCGUACAACAAUUGGACGAGGAAACGUACACAAUGCAUCAACUGGCGGAGGCCCUUAGGGGUCAGGUGGUUAACCUGAGACUGAGCAGGCGUUCCUCCAGCCUUUCCGCAUCCGGCAUGGACAUUUUGAUCAGCAAGAAGGACAAGAACAGCGAGGCGGCCAGGAAGAUCCGAGAACAGGCCGAGCUGAUGAAGAACGGCCUGAGGGAGUUGAUGGACAUCAGGGAUAAGAUUAACUAUGCAGAUUCAUAUGGUGGGAUAUGCUACUAGGCCAACAGGUUACAUGAGUCCGCAUAUGCCAGGCCCGCUGAUUCUAAUCAUACAUGCUGUUCAGACAAACAAGUAAUGAUAUGCUAACCUGGUUCUCACACAAAAGGUCUGCGUGAGAACCAGGAUAAUGAUCUGCUAGUGCGAACAAACAGAGAUAAAAUCUGCUCUACAGAUCACCAGGUUGUGGUAAUGCCACUGAUCUCCAGUGUGUUCCUUUUGACACUUCAAGAGCACGUAAGGUGCGGGCUUGAAAUCUGAGAUUUACAAACACAUUGGUUCUCACAUUAUGGCCUAUAUAAUAGGUUUUCUAGUGGUAAACAGUAUAACGGAUGGUAAAUAGCAGAGCUUGCCGUGGAAGAUUAGUAAACCUCCAGUCAGCUAGCCAGGUCUUUAGCUUACAUGGUUUUUGGCUUGGUUUGGUUUAUUUAUGGAUAUAGGAAGACAAAGGGUAUCCAAGGGAUUACAUGUAAAAGCGUAGAAACACUUAUUUCCAACAUGGUCCCUGAUGGAAGAGGACAAGAAAUAACAAAAACAUGAAACAGAUAUCACAUAUACACAUAUACCAUCACAUUCCUAUGUCACCUAGUUCUCUACUUAAUUCCACAAAAAUACUCUAACCCUUUGAUUAAAAACCCUUUUUGUUUCUGCCAUUUUAAUAUUUAAUGGAAGGCUAUUCCAUAGUAUAAUCCCUGUAUAAAAGAAAGAGCUGUAAUCUGUGCUCUUUGUAGCUGGUACCUUAUGGGAGUGAACACUUGCUCUUUUUCCAUGGGUAUGUUGAGUAUGCACCAUUACAAUUUGGGAUCCCAAAUACUUAGGGGCUAUCCCAUUGAUAAUGUUAAACAUAUGAUUCAGUUUUAGCUGUUCAACGCUUAAUUUCACAGGCAGAUAGUCCACUUUCUUAAAAUCAUUAGAAGUGAUAUGAUACCUAGAUGGUUUACCUAAUAUAAAACGGAUCAUGUUGUUCUGCCAGACAAGAUGCAGUUGGCUGUUUGGGCGAGGGUUGAAGACUGAGCAAGACUUGAAGACUGAGUCGACUUGCAACGACUGAUCACGGAUGUACAUAUAUAAACAAUGAGAUAUGCUCAGGUGUACUUUUCCAAUAUUAUUAAUGCUAUUAAUUAUGUAAUGUUGUUAUAGAUUUUGUUAUAGGUGUUUAAGUCUCUCCAUGGAUGAUCACGGUUGCAUACAGCAGAAACCACUCACAUAUGCUCAGGUGUACUUUUAUGAUACUAUUAAGGUUAUUAUUUAUGUAAUGCUGCUAUAGAAAUUAUAUAACAACUCAUUCAAGUCAUAUGCAAAGGGACAUUUUGUGUUUGAUAUGUAGUCUGAAUAUAUGUAUACAAUAACAGUUUCCUUAAUAUUUUCUGUCAAAUCAUUUUCACUGUAUCAAGAAAUGUGUGAAAUGUUUUUUAACAUAGCCUAUAGUAUGUGUGCAUGUAAUAAGUAUACA